AUGGUAGUAUAUAUCGUUUACGGGUUCCGGUGGUCGAGAGUUGGUACACUCACGGCACCAGGGAUUCGUCCACAUAUUGUGAUAAACGACCUUCUAGACGCUGCCUCCGACUAUAUCCAAGAGCCACGCACAGCGAAAGAGGUAAUACAAUCGUUUGAACGAAUCGACGCCAACAUACCAUCUCAUAUCCCGGAUCUAGCCUUGAUAGAGCAAUAUGAUCCGGAAGAUACCAGGACAUCUACUCUCUGUCAACCGUACGCUUUUGUCUGCUCGAAAGUGGUCCCAAUUGGAGAUGGCUCGGAACCACAGUUCAAUUCCUUCCUAAGCCUUGACCUAGAAGAUUUCAUAAGUAAAGGCCCUGGCUUAUCGGCAGAAGCAUUGGCCACAUUUGCGAACCUAAGGGAGGUCCUAGCUCCUGGCGAGAAAAUUGGAUGGUGGAUAGUAUAUAACGGGAACCCUGAGAGGUUUUCUUCGGACGGCGAUGAAGGGUCGGAUUCGGACGCUGAGGGAGGCAAUGAGCCAGAAGAAAUGAGCCACAAAAGUGGUCAACCUCCCAUUAGAUCUCCCAAACCUCCAGUUGUUCCGCCAAAACCCAAGCUUAAUCUUCCGAUGAGGGCUAAAAAGUAA